AUGAACUUUCAGAAAUCUAAAUCAUUCAAUCCUCUUAAACCUAUGGAUUUUUCGAAGUAAUUCACAAAGCGUCGUAUUGCUCUGAAAAUUCUAUAUACAGGUUGGGAUUAUAGUGGUUUGGCUCGGCAAGAUUCAAGUACAUGCACAGUCGCUGAGAAUUUGAUUACAGCACUUUGCAGAUGCCGUCUAAUUGAAGAUCCCGGAGCCUUAGAAUUUGCUGUUUGUGGAAGAACGGAUAAAGGUGUUAGUGGUCUUUCACAGGUAGUUACUCUAACUGUUCGCUCAAAUGUACAUGAAGGCGUCGGUGUUAUUUCACCUGAAGAUAAAUCUAAUUUAUGUCCCGAAAAACCAGAGGUGGAUUAUGUUUUGGUUGCAAACAAAAAUCUCCCAAAAGAUAUACGUGUUCUAGCUUGGUGUCCAGUUCCACUUGAAUUUAGUCCAAGACGCGAUUGCUUAAGUCGUUCAUAUAAGUAUUUCUUUCCGGGCGCAGAUUUGGACAUCGAGCUUAUGCAAACGGCCUCCACAAAAUUGGUCGGACUUCAUGAUUUCAGAAAUUUCUGCUCCUCUCAAGUUAACAACGGUGUUGUUAAUCACGAAAGAGUAAUCUAUGAAAUUAAAAUUACUGAUGAAUCUGAGGAUAAAAUGAAUCCUCGAAGAUUCUGUUGUCUAUACAUACGAGGCACUGCCUUCUUGUACCAUCAGAUCCGUUGUAUAGCGUCUCUUCUUUUCACUAUUGGUAGAAAAAUAGAACCCCCAGAAAUUUUGGAAGAUCUUCUUAAUGUGAAAAAGUUUCCCGGAAAACCGCAGUAUCAAAUGGCAGAACCUGAGCCGUUGCUCUUUUUCGAACCGGAAUUCGAAAAUAUCGAGUGGCAAACAAGUCCCACCGCGCAGGAAGAUAUUUUGAAAUGCGUGCAGAUGUUAUGGACUCAGACAGCUGUGAAAGCCAAGAUUACUGAAACCAUGCUAGAGGCGGUGGAAAAAAUGUUUCCGGAGUGCCGACAAAAUAACCAUUUAUGGGCAAUUUCCCGAGAAGCUUCUGCUCUACUGGGUCCUAAACGGAAGUCUAUUCUGAAAAGAACAACGGAAGAACCUCUGGAAGAAAAGAUCAAGAGGUUGGAGGCGAAACGACCCCGAAAGGAUGUAGAAUAUAAUAAAGACAGUGAUAGUUGA